CUCCUCCUCCUCCUCUCCCAUUUGCAGCUGUACGCUUCUCAUCUCCGUCACAGGAGCGCGGACAGGAUGGAGGCCCUGUUAAACGAGUGGCUAUGGCAGGAGGUGUACUGGCUUCCUCCUGGAAUCCUCUGGCAGGACCUAGAAAUGAAGGAGGGUGGGGGCCGCUUUCCUCUACCCAGGGAUCUUAUCUACACCCUGCCGCUGGCCUUUGCCUUCAUCGCCCUCAGAUAUGUCUUCGAGAGGCUCAUCGCUGUCCCUUUAAGCAAACGUUUAGGUGUGAAGGACCGGAUUCGGAUUCGAGCCGCUUCCGUCCCGAAGCUGGAGACCUUCUACAAGCAGAACAGUCGGCAACCAUCGCAAAGUGAGGUGGUGAGCUUGGGGAAGCAGUGCGGACUCUCCCAGAGAAAGAUCCAGACCUGGUUCAGACACAGGAGGAACCAGGACCGACCAAGCAACACCAAAAAGUUCUGCGAGGCCUCCUGGCGCUUUGUCUUCUACCUCAUAGCGUUCACUGCAGGGCUCGGCUCUUUAAUUAAUACUCCGUGGUUCUGGGAUUACAGCGAGUGUUGGAGGGGUUAUCCCAAACAGCCGGUGGCCGAAGCUCAUCGCUGGUAUUACAUCUUGGAAAUGGGCUUCUAUGUGUCGCUGCUUCUGUGUGUCUCAGUGGAUGUCAAGCGAAAAGAUUUCAAGGAGCAGGUGAUUCAUCACAUCGCCACCAUAUUCCUCAUCGGUUUCUCCUACUGUGCCAACUUUGUGAGGGUUGGCACUCUGGUGAUGCUGGUGCACGACUCCUCUGACUUCCUCCUGGAGUCUGCCAAGAUGUUUCACUACAGUGGCUGGAGGAGGACUUGUGACUCGCUGUUUGUUGUCUUCGCUCUGGUCUUCCUGGUGACGAGGCUAGUGGUGUUACCUGCCAGAGUACUGCACACAACCCUGGUGACAUCUCUUAAUUUCUUUGAGCCCUUCUUUGGUUAUUAUUUCUUCAACUUGCUGCUGUUAGUGCUGCAAGCUCUGCACGUGUUCUGGGCGUAUCUCAUCCUGCGAAUGGUCUACAAGUUUGUGUUCCUGGGCAAGGUGGAGCGAGACGAACGGAGCGAUGAGGAGAGUGAGGUGGAUGAUGAGGAGGAAGAGGAGGAGCCUGAGGAAGAAGGGGACGAGUGCAGCUGGGAACAAAGAAAGGGUGCAAUCAACUCCAAACUGGCAUCGCUGGCUAACAACUGUGUUCUGAACAACCUGACCAACCAGAGGAAUAUAAACAGCAGACUGCCCAAAGCCAGAUAGUGUCGACGUCCGCUAAACUACACUGAAAAAAAAGCUUUUUUCCCUUGCGCCUAUUGGAGAUUAACGAAUUUCUGACAUAUGAUACAUACAUGUGGCUUGUGUACAUCAAACACGGUCCAUUGAUGAUUUCAGAUCAGGGUAAGUCUGCAUCCUGCUCAUCUUGAAAAAAAAAGCAAAGAGGCACAGAUGAUUGUAAAUCUGCUCACUCAGUGUGAGAUUAGGAAGAAACGCCAUCAUUACUGUCACCCUCACCACUGCAUACUGUAAAAAUCUGGCAAAUACAAGGACAUAAAGAAAGUUCCUGUACAGAAAAAACCAAGUGUUGUUCUUGUAGAUUUUGUAUUACUGCUGGUUCUUUCACUGUGCUAUAAUGAGCUGUUUGUAAAUACAUGAAGAUACAUGUACCUGGACUGUGUUAUAAUACAUUUAUCCUUUCUUUGGUCAACAAGAAAAACUUUUUUUUUUUUUACACAAACUCUUCUAACAUGUGGUAUAACAUCUGUUAAAGAGAACAAACUAAAGUUAGACUUUAAUAGAAAUUCAUUCCCACAGCUUUGGAAACACAUACAUGGUAUGUUUGAUUGUACAUAGACUAAAAAAAGACAUUAAAAACAUUGCAUAUAGUAAAUCUGUUGAUAAACCAGAUUAUAUAUCUAUUUUUAAUGAAUCAUUUAUUCAACAUUUUUACGUUGUUGUAGUCUGUGGGAGAGUAUAAAAGACUACUGCAAAAGUCCCUUAGGGAUGAUAAAGUUAUAUUUUUCUGUAAUAGGGUUUGAUUUUGUCAGUUUAGUUUACCAUCACUCCUCAGAAAAGAUGUGGCGCCCCCUGGUGCAAAGGAUGCCUUUACAAAAAACAAUGUACUGCUCCUAGAAAUAUGGAUUUAAACUGUGUGCGUGUGUGUGUGUGUCUUUUUCUUUUUCUACUUUGAAAAUCAUUGUGACAGGCAGCAUGAUUUCUCGACAAGGUUUUUUUUUUCAGGUUUGCUGUACUCGACUUUAGUUUUGUGCCUUGGCUGCUGUUUUUUUUUUUUUUUUUUUAAACACUAUUCUGUGACAAGCACUUGUGUUUUAAGAUGUGUGUGUGAAGUAGGAUUACCUUUACUGGACAGACACACGGGCCAGGCCUUAUUACGACUGGUUUGAAUGUUUCGUUUGAAGUGUUGAUGAGGCUGAUAGUGCCUAGGUGAGCUACGAGAAGUAUGCACACAGGUGGGCAUUAGUGAAAUGUGAGGUAUUUUAUAUAGUGGUGUUGUCUGCUAAGGUCAAAUGCUUUAUGGCUCAGAUGAACUGAAGUCUCUCUGAAAUGUAAAGGCUUACUGGUUAUUCUAAAAGUUGAUGACAUGUUUUGAUAUGACUAGACUGUGCUCUACUACUUUACCAGGAACAGGCUCAAACCCAGUGAAAAACUGCAGCACAUUCAUGGUCAUUGCAUACCAACAGCUGGUAUUACAUUUUUAAUAUGUUAGUAAGGGCAUCUCUUUAAGAUAAGUGGUGUCCACGAGAUUUUAUAUUAAAAACAAGUGUGACAAGAGUAGAAGCUAGGUUUUGCCUGACUGUGAAGAGGGACUUAACUGCACUGGGGCCCACACCACAAGGUGGGAUUUAGGUUGUAGAGCAAUAAAAGGGCUGAUCCACUGAAAAACACACCCAAGACCCCCAGCAGGAUACUGCUUUUUUUUAAGUAGAAAUAGAUUUAAAACCAUGUUUCCAUGAAAGCAACACUUGACUGUUCUCUUAUGAGUGCACAUUGAUACUGUUGAUUGUCUGGCCGGUUGAAAAGUUUUAAUAAAUGACUUCUAUUGAAUAAACUA